UUGUAUCCAGGCUGGAGACAGCACCACAAGGACUUUUUUCCCCUGUUCUGCGACAAGCACAUGGACUUAAUUUUCACCAGAGACAGAAAUAAGAAUAAGAAGCAGACUGGCACCUGCCAUUGAGAAGCAGAACUUUCUCUAGAGUUGUAUUCGUUCUUUCUGCACGUAUGUAAACAAUAUUUGACUGCGACCAAGUGCAGAGACUUCCCUGUCUGCUGGGAUCCCAUCACAUCUUCUCAAGUUAUUUCUCCAGAGAUGACUGUCUGAAGAAGGAACGGCGAAAAGAAGCCACCUGACCUGCAGAAGUUACCUGUCUGAGUGAUUGAGGUGAAGCAGAAGGGUGAGUUUGAAAGCCCGUGACCACAGAGGACAGUGACAAUGCUGGCAGUGCUCUGUGUCCUGCUAGCGUUGGGGAAUCAUGCCCUGGGUGGAGGUUACGCCCCCAUGCCUCAGAUGAAAUAUGUGCAGCCCAUAAUGAAGGGGCCUGUUGGGCCACCCUUCAGAGAAGGCAAGGGCCAGUAUCUUGAGUUUCCACCGGUGAUGGACAUUAAAGGGGAGCCAGGUCUUCAAGGGAAACCAGGACCAAGGGGACCACCUGGGCCUCCUGGAUUACCAGGGAAAUCAAGUAUAGGACAACCUGGUCUAAAUGGUCAAACAGGUCCUUCAGGGCCUCCAGGAUUCCCUGGGAUUGGAAAACCAGGGCUACCAGGUUUACCAGGAAAGAUAGGACCUAAAGGACCUUCAGGACUCAAUGGUGAGGUUGGGCCUCGUGGAGAGGUGGGUACACGUGGACUUCCAGGUCAGCCAGGAGCACCUGGACCAGCAGGUCUGUCAUUGAAUGGUAGACCAGGGUUACCUGGGACUAGAGGCCCACCAGGAUCAAGAGGUGAUUUGGGGCCUAAAGGCGGACAUGGUAUUCCUGGUGAACAAGGACCUAAAGGGGAAAAUGGCAAUGGAAAACCAGGUUCAAUAGGUCCCAGGGGACCCAUUGGCCUUCAAGGACCUCCAGGACUUCCAGGUUUUCCUGGGUUGGGUAAACCAGGGAUUGAUGGAUUUCCCGGGCCAGUAGGGCCAAAAGGAGAUAAAGGAGUUCCAGGACUUCAAGGUGUCCCAGGGGAAUCUGGUCUCCCUGGACUACAAGGUCAGCCGGGGGCACCUGGUGUAGGAAAACCUGGACUUGGUGGUGCUCCAGGUAACCCAGGCCCAAUAGGUCCUAAGGGUGAUGUUGGGUCCAGAGGAACUCCUGGGUUUCCUGGUCCCCCUGGCUAUGGUAAACCAGGGCUUGUAGGACAGAAAGGAGACAGAGGUCCUGCUGGAUUAGAAGGAGCCCCUGGUGACAAAGGAGAACCUGGGAUGGAUGGUCUACCAGGAGAUUCAGGGCCAACUGGACAGCCAGGGCUUUCAGGUUCACAAGGUCCUAUGGGUCUUCCAGGGAAACAUGGGAUGUCUGGUCUAAAGGGAGAGAAUGGCCCACAAGGACCUCCGGGAUUGCCAGGGCUUAGAGGAGAUCAGGGUCCCAGUGGGCUCCCAGGAAAACCUGCCCUCCCAGGGGAUAAGGGCCUUCCUGGUCUCAACGGAGCCACAGGCAAACCUGGACCUAAAGGUGAACCGGGUCACAUCGGACUGCCAGGUAAUCCUGGUUUGAUUGGGGGACCAGGUUCAAAAGGUGAGAAUGGGUUUCCAGGACCCCCUGGGCCACGUGGCAAUUCAGGGAUUCCUGGACUCCCAGGCCCCACUGGUCAUAUGGGACCUCAAGGUGUUCCAGGGUUGAAAGGCGAACAAGGUCCACCAGGCCCCCAAGGAAUUGGAAAGCCUGGAGACAAAGGUAUGCCUGGCCCACAAGGACCUCCAGGAAGACCCGGCCCUUCUGGAAUUAGCGGUAUACAGGGCCCUCCAGGUCCACCUGGACCUCCUGGGUCUCCUGGACCGCCAAAUGGUGAUAUAAAUCAGUUAGCGGUUCAAGGACCAAAUAUUGUAGGAGAAUCCAUUCCAAAGCCAAAUGGUGAGAAACCCUAUUUUGGUCAGGCUGAGCUCUCUGCCUCCGUGGCUCCUGCUUUUACUGCUAUUUUGACGACACCAUUUCCACCAUCUGGAAUGCCGAUCAAAUUUGACAGAAUUCUGUACAAUGGGCAAAAUGCUUACAACCCUGCCACAGGCAUUUUCACAAGCCCACUGCCUGGAGUCUACUAUUUUGCUUAUCAUGUACAUGUAAAGGGAACCAGCCUGUGGGUGGCACUGUAUAAAAACAAUGUGCCAGCCACAUACACCUAUGAUGAAUACAAGAAGGGCUAUAUGGACCAGGCAUCAGGUAGUGCGGUACUAGAGCUGAAAGAGAACGACCAGGUCUGGGUGCAAAUGCCCUCUGACCAAGCAAAUGGGCUCUACUCCACUGAGUACAUCCAUUCGUCCUUCUCAGGGUUCCUCCUGUGCCCCACAUAACGGUCCGUCUCAA